GUAUUAAAUUGAUGUUUGUUUUUUCAGACUGUCACAUGAAACUUAUCAUGGAUCUGGACAGCAUUGAGGGGCUCAAUGAAGUCCGUCCGUCUGUCUACAGAGUCUCAAUGAAGCUUCAGUGUCUGCAGAGACUCUGUCACAUGGACGGCGUGUGCGUUCAACACAUCACAGCGUCUCUCCGCUCGGUGGGUGGAGCUAAGCCACUACAGGGAGUGAGGCUGAACAGACAGGAAGUGAUGCAAUGUCUGAACAGAAUGUUUCACAGCGUGUCACAGGAAGUACAAGGUCAUGUGACCGUGGAGGCUUCAGAGGACACCUGUGACCUGAUGUUCAGACUGUACAACAGGUGUGAGUCGCUGUCAGCUGAUUCUCUUCAAACGGCGCUGAUCGCUCUGACUGCUGAACCGCUACUGACCAAAUAUAGAGCUCUGGUGUCUGUUGCAGUGAACUCUUCGGGGUCAGUCAGCCGAUCUGGACUCAGAUUUUUACUUCGGGACCUCAGCCAGGUUCCCGCCGCAGUGCAGGAAGAAGGAGUCUUCGGUGAUGUGGAGGCGGCGGUGAAAUCGUGCUUUAACGGGGUGUUGACCCCGACAGUGUGUGAAGAGCAUGUUUUGUCAUGGCUACAGAGCGAGCCACACCUGUUGGUAUGGUUACCCACUCUGUACCGUCUGUCAGUUAGUCAGAAUGUCUGUCACAACGUUCGCUGCCACACCUGCAAGACCUUUCCCAUCACUGGACUCAGGUAUCGGUGUUUGAAGUGUGUGAACGUCCAGGUGUGUCAGAGCUGCUUCCUGACAGACAGACAGACGAGGAAACACAAGACUCACCAUCCAGUGCUCGAGUUCUGCACACAGCCCACCUGGAGAGAGUCUCUGUCCUCAUUGGUGCAUAGCGCUCGUCACGCCCUGUUACCACGGCGAUACACUCAGAGAGAAGCUGACAGGAGGAGGGUUGUGAUGUGGGCGGAGCCAGGAGAGACUCAGGACAGUGCCCCGCCCCCCUCAGAUUCCUCAACACGAUUGGCUGCUGCAGGUGUCAGUCACAGCCCCUCCUCUGACAGAGAUGUUUCCCACAAUGCCCUGGUGCAACCUCCUCUCUGCUCUAAAGCGCUGCAGACAGAUGAGGACACGCCCCCUCAGCAGGUAAAGGCGUCGGCUCUGAUGAGCGAGGUCAGAAACCUGCAGAGAGACAAAUGGUUGUUGGAACAACAGGUGACAGCCUGGAGGCUAACCGUCCAAUCAGAGCAGGGCAUCCUGGAGGACAGGUGCUCUGAGAUGGAGGUUACCAUGAAAACGCUAAAAGAACACAACCUGUGUCUGCAGAAUAUGCUCACACAGGCUCUGAACAAGAUGGAGGACAUGGCACAAAGCGUUGACAUGGGGAACACGGAGAACACGGAGAACAUGGAGAACAUGGAGAACACGGAGAACACGGGGAACAUGGAGAACAUGAGGGACACGUGGAGGGAAAACGUCACGCUAACAUCUGACACAGAGGAAAACACAGAUGAGGAAGAGGAUGACGUGCUGCUGAAAGACGAGUGGAGCGAGGAGGAACUACCAACUCCAUCUCCCACAAUGCACCAGGACACACCACCAUCACAUGACAUCUACUGUGAAGAUGAAGAGGAGAUAGAAGUUGACGGGUUUCUCUGCUGUCCAAUUGGACAACGGGAUGGACUGGAGGAGGCGGGGCGACAGGAAGAGGAAACCUGUCUGUCUGAAGAAGAGAAUUGUGGGAUGUGUAGUCCGGAGGAGGUGCUGCAAGAGACUGUGGAGAGACUGAAGACUGUGAUGGAGGCAGACAGGUGGAGAGAGAGACACACAGGUGAGAGGAAGAGGGCGGAACUUCUGGAGGCUGCAGACCAGGUGGGGGACUCGAUACACCACCUGGUGGACGCUGUGAGAACAAACAGUGACGACCAGAUCAAAGGCUUCUCCUGCCGCGCGAGGCUUCUGUUUAGUUUCCGCUCUGACUUCUUCUACGGCUGCAUCUCCGGCAGGGCGGGAAUCUGUCACCGUCAGAGUGAUGCUGCCGCCGACAGGUGAGAGCGGGAACUACACCCAGACUGUUUUAAUCCAGAGUUUAACAUGUAAUAUGUUUAUUAAUCCAGAGUUUAACAUUUAAUAUGUUUUAAUCCAGAGUUUAACAUGUAAUAUGUUUAUUAAUCCAGAGUUUAACAUGUAAUAUGUUUAUUAAUCCAGUUUAACAUGUAAUGUGUUUAUUUAUUCAGAGUUUAGUGUGUCCUGCAGGUGGUACUAAGUCAUGACACAGAGCCAGGUGUUUCCAGGUGAAGUGCUUUUUAUUAAACGUGCCGUUGGCUUUCAGAUCUUGUUGAAAGCAGCGACGUCCAUCGACUGAACGUAGUCCUCGAAGGCUGUGAUGUGUUC